CAGCGCAGACAAGUUUUGUUUGUGUUUCCCAGUUUAAAUGGAAGACGUUGAUUGAGAUAUGUGGACCACAAGGACGAAAAUGUCUCUGACAGUCACCUUGUUUUUAUCUGUUGUUCUUCUUAAUCUCUGCAAUCUUGUUUCAAGUGCAGAUGAACACAAGUUUAAAGGUGAGAAUUACACCAUUAAGUGCCCUGCUGCUCACAAAGACGCGCUGGGUGUGUAUCUGAACAGCAAACGGGAGGUCAGCCGUGAAGUUCUCUAUUACUAUUUUAAAAGUAGCAUGUUAACUUUGCAUGAAGACUACAAAGGACGUGUUAAAGUCAAAGUGGAAAAAACAACUCUGAUCAUAGACAUUUUUAACCUACAAAUGAAGGACAGUGGGUUUUAUUGGUGCUCUUGCAAUUUAUUUCUGCGGAAAUGUGAUAUGACAACAGACAAAGGUGUUUUUCUUUUGGUCAAUGAGAUCCCAAUUGAAACAGCUACUGUCACUGCUAAAAAAUCCUAUGGCAUGAAUGACUUCCUGAUACCGGUGGCUGCUCUGGCAGUUGGGAGUGUGCUGUUACUGUUGAUUCUGGUGGCUGUAGUGUGGUUGGUACCCAAGAUAAAGGAGCAAUCCAGAAAAAAUAGGGAAGAAGAGAAAAGACAUAAUGGAAUAUACGUGGACAUGCGGUGUAAGACAAAUGACUUCUAAAUACACACGCACAUAAAUAUGCUUGGUGUGAUUUCUGUUUCCAAAAUUUGCCCUACAAGCCACGUUGUGGUGUUCUGCAAUAUUAUUUGCAAAAAAUCUCUAUGUAAAUAUAAUGUCAAUUCUCUUUUACAGUGUUGAUUUCUGAAAACCUUGUUUUGAAUUUUGUAACUGUUGUGUACUGUUUCGGCUGUGACUCAUUCAGUCCUACACAGCUACUUUAUGAAAGGAUGUUAGCAUGUUCAUCUGAUUUGAUUUUUUUUUUCUCCCUCUUUUCAUGGUUGAUCUAUUUCUCUGAAACUGAGUAACUGGCAUGUUAGGAUUCAAAAAAUAUGAGUUCCUUUUUUGUAAACAGCUUAAAUUUUAAUUGGCCUCAUCUUCUGUAAAUAUGUUAUCAGCAUUAAAUGAGUGAUUGAGUUUGGCCCAUAGCUGAAGCUUGAGCCCCAUGUUUAUUUUAUCUUUACUUUAGCUAAAUUAUAUGUGCAUUUGUUUAAUUUAAAAAAAAUUACUUAUUUGGGUUCUUAACAUAUAUCUGAUGUACUUGUAUGUCUCUGUAAUGUAAUUACAUAUGAAAUGUAUAGCUUAAUUGGUUUGUGUUUAAAGAUACCUUUACAAGAAUAAUGUUGAAAUGUGUGUCACUCUUGAAAGCAUUGAAAACAGGAUCUGAAUCUGUCAGCUACAGCCUGUGUUGUUACUUGACUAGUGGCCUUGGUCUGUCUUGGGGACUUGUACAUUUUACUUAAUAGAGCCGAGCCUGCAGACUUCAUCCUGUGGUGGAAAACAUUCUUGUCAAGACCACACUAAAGGAAGUAUAACACUCCCUUUGAGAAUGUCACCUCUGUUCACACUGAGCCUCACUCCACCUCACUGUACAUAUUUGCCAAGUGUGUGACGUUUGCAACCUUAAGGGGAAAAAAAAAAUAAAGCUUUUGGGGAAAGAC